AUGGCAGAAUAUAAAGGUGCGUCAUCAGAGGGGCAACGACAGGCUAUGCUGGAAAAGCAAAGAGCAAAAAUGUUAAGCGAUUUUGAGAAACAACGGGAGAAGAUCGCUAAAGAUAAUCAAGUCAACAUAACCAACAGCAAAUUUGUGACACAGUAUGAUGAUGUCGAAGAUUCAUUAAAAAAAGAAACGAUUGGGUUGGUUAAGCUUGAGGAUUUUCAAAAGAUCAGAAAAGAAUUACAGGUACAAAAAGAAAGAGAGGCAGCAAGGACCGCCGAGUUAAAAGAAGAUAAGAUUAAAAAGAAGCGUAAAAAGAAGGAAGAAAAGGUUAAAUUAUCCUUUUACUCAGAAGACGGAGAUCCUGAAAACGAUGAUAAUGCUAAUAAAAGUGAAGUUAUCUUAGAAGAACCGGAUCUUACAUUAUCAUCAAAGAAAAAACCUAAAUUAGGUAAAAAUCCUAACGUAGACACGUCGUUCUUGCCUGAUCGUGAUAGAGAAGAAGAAGAACGUAAGGAAAGGGAACAGUUACGGCUGGAAUGGUUACGGAAACAGGAAGAUAUCAAAAAUGAGAAAAUUAGCGUCACAUAUUCUUAUUGGGACGGUACUGGACAUCGAAAAACUGUAUCUUGUAAGAAAGGUGAUUCUAUCGCAAGUUUUUUAGAAAAAUGCCGACAGCAAUUUCAUGAAUUGCGUGGAGUUAGUGUUGAUAACCUGAUUUAUGUUAAGGAAGAUUUAAUUAUUCCCCAUCAUUACACAUUCUAUGAUUUCAUUAUCAAUAAAGCAAGAGGAAAAUCAGGACCCUUGUUUAAUUUUGAUGUGCAUGAUGACGUUCGUUUAACACAUGAUGCUACAGUCGAAAAAGAUGAAUCACAUGCCGGUAAAGUUGUUGAACGAAAUUGGUAUGAAAAAAAUAAACAUAUCUUUCCAGCAAGUCGAUGGGAAGUCUAUGAUCCAGAGAAAAAUGCGACAAAAUUUCAACGUGUCAAACCACAUGUAAAUAUCGGUACAAUUGGUCACGUUGAUCAUGGGAAAACGACAUUAACUGCCGCAAUCACGAAAUGUUUGGCAUCAAAAGGAAAAGCAAAAUUUAAGGAUUAUGGGGAAAUUGAUAAAGCUCCGGAAGAAAAGGCGCGAGGUAUCACUAUCGCCACGGCUCACGUAGAGUAUGAAACAGAUUCGAGACAUUACGCUCAUAUCGAUUGUCCUGGACACGCUGAUUAUAUUAAAAAUAUGAUCACUGGCGCUGCACAGAUGGACGGUGCUAUUAUCGUGGUGUCAGCUACAGAUGGUCAAAUGCCCCAAACGCGUGAACAUUUGCUUCUUGCUAGACAAGUUGGUGUAUCGAAUCUCGUAGUAUUUGUCAACAAAAUUGAUGCGGUCGAUGAUAAAGAAAUGUUGGAAUUAGUCGAAAUGGAAAUGAGAGAUUUAUUGACGCAAUAUGGAUUUAAUGGAGAAGAAACACCUAUAAUCAUGGGAUCAGCACUCGCAGCUCUCGAAAGUCGUGAUCCAGAAAUUGGUGAAAAAGCUAUUGAAAAAUUAAUGAGCGCUGUCGAUAAACACAUUCCUACGCCUGUGAGAGAUUUGGAUAAACCAUUCUUGAUGUCUAUUGAAGACGUUUUUUCUAUUUCCGGUCGGGGCACGGUUGCUACUGGUAGAGUAGAAAGGGGUACCAUUUCAAAAGGUUCUGAAAUUGAAAUAGUUGGUAUGGGACAACCGGUAAAAACAACACUGACUGGUAUAGAGAUGUUCCAUAAAGAACUUGAUAAAGGGAUGGCGGGUGAUAACAUGGGAGCUUUAUUACGCGGUAUCAAACGGGAACAAAUUCGACGAGGACAAGUGAUUGCUGCGCCUGGAACAGUUAAAUCUCACAGGAAAUUCUCAGCACAAGUUUACAUUCUUACAAAAGAAGAAGGAGGAAGACAUACACCAUUCAUGCAAAAUUAUAGACCACAAAUGUAUUUUCGGACAUCUGAUGUAACUGUUACAUUGACGUAUCCACCUGGUACUGAAAAUCCAGAAGAAAAAUUUAUUAUGCCAGGAGAUAACGUCCAACUUGAAUGCGAGCUUGUACAUGAUAUGGCAGUCGAACCUGGUAUGAGAUUUACCAUCCGAGAAGGUGGUAAAACAGUUGGAACUGGUGUUAUUGUUGAUAUUCAUAAAUAA